AUUCCUCAAGUCUGCCACUGUGUUGUUGGAUACAUGAGGUCUUUUCAUCGGUGGCCGACAUCAAGAGAAAAGAAGAUGAGUCAAAUGCUAAGUAAUACUGGGUAAUACAUAAUAAGCAGAGCGAGUACGGCAGCCACCGAUGUCAAAAGAAUGGACGCAGAAACUGCGAGAUUUUCAAUCGCUGCCGUCAUAUUAACCCUGGUGGCCAAAUCGUCUGCCCCUCAUACUGGUAAUGCUGCCGGUGCUGCCUUCACCAGAAAUGCCUUUCCCGUCAGAGCUGUCCGCUGCGUUGCUUUUGGACCCGUGGGGUGAAGGAUUGCCCCUCGUUUACUGGCGUGGGCACGGAGCACUGGCACUGACUGGCACUGGCACCUUGGAGGGCAACGCAACUUACGCAGGGGUAGAUUAGUCGAUUAGUCGCUCAGCACCCCACCUCCUCCAAACUCUUUCCUCCUCCCAAUCUUCUCUCCUUCCCCUCCGAACAUCACCAACUCAUCAUCAAACAACCUCUUCUCCUUUCACAAAACAGUACGUAUAAAGCAUUCCAUCUCCCAUCUCCCAUUCCCAUCUCCAUCCCAUCUUCCUCUCUCGCGCCUCGCAUCUUCUGUUUUCUGCGUCUCCAUUACCCCUCCAAAGCUUCCUCUACCAGCUACCGCCCACGGACAUCGAAACGCAACACCAUUCUAACCACAACCACAACCACAGAACCAUGGCUCCUACUAAGAUUGGAAUCAACGGCUUCGGUCGUAUCGGUCGUAUCCUCUUCCGCAAUGCCGUCGAGCUUGAUGACAUUGAGAUUGUUGCUGUCAACGAUCCCUUCAUCGAGCCAAAAUACGCUGUAAGUUUCCCCGCUAUUGGCUUCGCACAAAGGAAUCCACCCGAUACUAACAAACCUACCACAGGCAUACAUGCUGAAAUAUGACUCCACCCACGGUCAAUUCAAGGGCACAAUCGAGGUUGUCGCCGAUGGAUUGAAAGUUAAUGACAAGGUCGUCAAAUUCUACACCGAGAGAGACCCAGGAGCUAUCCCAUGGAGCGAGACCGGUGCAUACUACAUUGUCGAGUCUACCGGUGUCUUCACCACCACUGAGAAGGCCAAGGCUCACUUGAAGGGAGGUGCUAAGAAGGUUGUCAUCUCCGCUCCUUCUGCCGAUGCUCCUAUGUACGUGAUGGGUGUCAAUGAGAAGACCUACAAAUCCGAUGUGGAGGUCAUUUCGAACGCAUCAUGCACAACCAACUGCCUUGCUCCUUUGGCCAAGGUCAUCAACGAUGAGUUCACCAUCAUUGAGGGUCUCAUGACCACAAUCCACUCAUAUACUGCUACCCAGAAGACCGUUGAUGGUCCUUCAGCUAAGGACUGGCGUGGAGGUCGUACCGCUGCCCAGAACAUCAUUCCUAGCAGCACUGGUGCCGCCAAGGCUGUCGGAAAGGUUAUCCCAGAGCUCAACGGAAAGCUCACUGGAAUGUCCAUGCGUGUACCAACCUCCAACGUUUCCGUUGUUGAUUUGACCGUCCGCAUCGAGAAGGGUGCUUCUUACGAUCAGAUCAAGGCUGUUAUCAAGAAGGCCGCCGAUGGACCUCUCAAGGGUAUGUUACAAAAAUCAUUGCAAGACUUCCAAGCUAAUCGUGUUUGCAGGUAUACUUGCAUACACUGAGGAUGACAUCGUCUCCACUGAUAUGUGCGGUGACAACCACUCCUCCAUCUUUGACGCCAAGGCUGGUAUCUCUCUCAAUGACAACUUUGUCAAACUCGUAUCUUGGUACGACAACGAGUGGGGUUACUCUCGCCGUGUCCUCGACCUUCUCAGCUACAUUGCAAAGGUUGAUGCCGGUGCCAAGUAGGAUUUCACUCAAUUCUUAAAACUUGUGAACCUCUGAGCAUCGUUUCUGAUUGCUCUUUUCUUCCCGACAGAGAUGUUCUAAAAGGCAAACUGUAAUGGGUACAUGAGAAAAUCUUGGGCAUGAUGCUUUUUAGCAUUAGCAGACGAAUGAUGGGACAUAAAAACCUUAUGAUAUGAAUAGAAGCCCUCAACUCAUGAAAUGAAUGGUGUAUACAUGCU